CAUUAGUCGCCGUAGCUUGACUAUAAAGCUUGCGUCAGCGGAAGUUCCAUCCUCUUCAUCCCCUCUCUUGCAGGCUGUGCUUCAGUCCGCAGACACGGCAAGAUGCCACGCAAAAUCGAAGAAAUAAAAGAUUUCCUGCUUACAGCAAGGAGGAAGGAUGCCAAGUCCGUGAAGAUCAAGAAGAACAAGGACAAUGUCAAGUUCAAGGUGCGUUGCAGCAGGUACCUGUACACCCUCGUCAUCACAGACAAGGAGAAGGCCGAGAAGCUGAAGCAGUCCCUGCCCCCAGGUCUGGCUGUGAAGGAGCUCAAGUAGAGGACCAUCUUUGUGUACAGUGAAUUGUAAUAAAAAAGAGGAAAACCA